AAGUCGUGACAGACUUCCGGGUUGCUGCAGAUUUCUUGUCGCGUGCAUUUGGAUUUGUGGCCGUUCAAACUUGCACUUGGAGGCAAUAUGCUGCUCGUUUUGUCCGAAGAACAUAAAGAACACCUCACCUUCCUCACCAAAGUGGACGCGGCAGUGGUUGGAGAGUUUGGCCGCAUCGCCCUGGAGUUCCUAAGGAGAGGAAUCAGCCCCAAAGUCUACGACGGAGCUGCCAGGAAGCUGUCGGUGCCCGUGGAAACGGUGCGGCACGGCGUGGAGGCGCUCAUGUACCUCGUCACCCAGAGCUCCAAACACACGUUGUCCGAGGUGGACUUUGUGGACUCAGUGUUGUCUUUGGAAUUUGGUGACGAGCUUAACCAGAGCCUCCUUCAGCUGUACAUGCAGCAUCGCGGUGAGAUCCGCGGCAUCUUGAGUCUGGUGCCCUCCAGCAUGCCCGCUUACCACAACCUGGAGUGGAGGCUGGAUGUACAGUUGGCCAGUCGCUCCCUCCGCCGGCAGGCGGCGCCCACGUUGACCACCAGGCUGCACCUGACGCACGGGCACGGUUCCGGCACGGAGGUGCGCGGCCGGGUUCUCCGCGUGGACCUGGGCGCCCUCCUGCACCUCAUCUCCAUCCUGGAGGGGGCGCUCGGGGCCUUGAAGAGCACGCACGCGAGACGCAUCCUACGAAACAUCAAAUAAAAACUAGGGCCCGACCCGUGCGGAUUUGUCGGGCCCGUUGCUGCUAUUUGGCAGAAUAAGAUUGCCGAUACCGAUUAAUCGGUCGAUUUAUUAAAAAAAAAAAAAAAUACAUAAUGAAUAAAAUGAUUUCUUAUUUGGGCCCUUACAACAACAAAGAUAUGAAUUACAAACAGAACUUUUGAUUGUUUUACAAUAUUUUAUCCUAAAGUAUAUAAUGUUGCAACAGAGAGAAAAUUCUGCAAAUAAAUCGACCAAUUUUUGGUUGAAUCGUCGUUAUCUUUGUCUCAUGUUGUAAUGUGUUGAUACGGAGGGAAAGAAAUGGCCAAUUUUUGCCAAUAUGAAAAAGGUCAAUAUUGGCCGGGCCCGAAUCAGGACACUCAAAGGCUGCUUGUUUUUGUACUUUUUUCAUGUGCAUGACGGAAAAUGUGACUUAAAACUUGCCUGUACACUUGUUAAUAAAUGUUUUAUGAUGGCCACA